AUUUUAGGUGAUAUUCAUGGGCAAUAUGGAGAUCUUUUACGGCUUUUUGAAUAUGGGGGAUUCCCUCCCGAGGCCAAUUAUUUGUUCUUAGGAGAUUAUGUGGACCGUGGAAAAUAUAGUUUAGAAACAAUAUGCCUUCUUCUUGCCUACAAAAUCAAAUAUCCAGAAAAUUUCUUUCUUUUAAGAGGAAAUCAUGAAUGUGCUUCUAUUAAUAGGAUAUAUGGAUUUUAUGAUGAAUGUAAACGGCGCUUCAAUGUGAGACUCUGGAAAGUCUUUACUGAUUGUUUCAACUGCCUCCCAGUAGCUGCUCUCAUUGAUGAUAAAAUACUUUGUAUGCAUGGUGGUCUUUCUCCUGAUCUACUUCACUUGGAUCAAAUAAGGAAUUUGCCACGUCCAACUGAUGUUCCUGACUCUGGUUUGCUUUGCGAUUUACUUUGGGCGGAUCCUAGUAGAGAAGUUAAAGGUUGGGGGAUGAACGAUAGAGGGGUCUCGUACACUUUUGGUCCAGAUAAGGUAGCUGAGUUUCUGAUGCAGCAUGAUAUGGAUCUUGUAUGUCGUGCUCAUCAGGUCGUGGAAGAUGGAUAUGAAUUUUUUGCUGAUAGACAGCUAGUUACAAUAUUUUCUGCUCCCAACUAUUGUGGUGAAUUUGAUAAUGCUGGGGCAAUGAUGAGUGUUGAUGAAAGUUUGAUGUGUUCAUUUCAGAUCCUGAGGCCAAAUGAUGGAAGGCGGUUUUUGUGAAGUAAAAUUUGAUUAAAGUGGUCUUAGUUCUCUGAGAAUGCUCAAGGUGUUCUGUCAUUUGGUGUGCCUGAGAAGAUUAUGGCUUCUAAACUUGGAGCAUACCAGUUCCAGUAUUAUGUACUCAGGUUGCAUGUCAUUUGGAGGCAGCUGUUCUCAGUAUGGUGGUCAAAGUGCCAUUUUAUUUUAUUUUUUUGAAUUUUUAGCACGCAAUUUAUUAUUCGACUCUGUAAAUACACUGGAUUAUGUAAAUUGCGUUGCAAUUGUAGAUUGUUGACCUUCUCAAGUUGCACGCUUUUGAUUA